UGGGUUAAAAAAGUGCGCAUAUUACCUCCGUGCUAGCGCUCACAACCACAAUUGCAACGGGGAAUUGAAUCCAUCGGUAGCGACCGCAGCAAUAUGUUGAAAUACGCCCUGCAGCGUGGGAUGGUCCCCAAGAUGGGAUUGCGUUCCGACGUCAGUGGCUCGAGGAUACACAGUGAGAAUACGUUUGGGUGGCAAUCGAUGGGCGGUUCACAGUUGUUGUCAGGUAAAAGGGUUUUCCAAAGUCUACUCCCUCCUAUCAAAUCACACCCACCAGCGAGCCCACAGCUAUAUCUGGGUCUGAUAUCGUUUCUUUGCCUUUACGCUGCGAAAUCUGACUGCCUUCUUUGGGGCAAUCUUCUUCACCUCCGGCUUUUUUCUACCAGCAGCGAUAGCAUCCUCCAGCGUAGGCAAACUGCAUGUUGGGAUAGGCGGAGAUGGUCGGGCGUAGAUCCAGGUUUUACCCUCUUCGGGGGGAUGCGGCUCUGGGGUGGACAUCCGCAGGUUGGACGUGGGUGCUUGGUUGGGGGUUAUCACGAUCAUCGUGAGGACGGUGAAAUGGCGGAGUUCACAAGUACAACACGACCCAUUGCCGUGAUCCAGUGGCACAUAUCGCUUCCCGUUUUCCUUGUUAGUCCGGAUACAGUCUCUUUUUUAAUUCAAACGAGUUCAAUCGGUGACCCCCCGUCCGUCCAAUGCUGCGCAGUGAAUUUUUACUGUUGCAGAGGUAUAGGGGGGUCCGUCAAGAAUUGAAGCUUGCAAGAAGUCACUUCGAGACUCGAACUUGGAAGAAACUUUGAUGGUCGUCUGGAUAACUCAGAAAUGUUGUUUAUCUUAAUUCGCCCGGCCUCGAUGACGUGUGAACGCACUAUUUCGGUUGGACAGACCCAUUACCGAACGACCAGUCGGUGCGUCCAUCGAAAUGACGGUCCGACGAUCACGUGCUUUAAGCAGCGGGCCACAGAAGACCCCGAGCCGAAUUUGUUGACAUCAUAAUGAUAUAAACUCACAUAUUCGGUUCUUUCUCACUCUUCUUUCUCAAUGUCAACCACAAAAGUCGACGGCCGUGCCAUGCUG